GAAGUGAGCUGCAGGAAGCGGAAGUCCCGCCCCUUUCGCGCGCUCCCUACGGAGGCAGAGGCAACGCGGAGGAGACGGAGGUGUUACCAGAGUGUAGCUGCUGCCACCAUGAGCCUCCUCAACAAGCCCAAGAGUGAGAUGACCCCGGAGGAGCUGCAGAAGCGGGAAGAGGAGGAGUUUAACACAGGCCCACUGUCCGUGCUCACGCAGUCAGUCAAGAACAAUACCCAGGUGCUCAUCAACUGUCGCAACAAUAAGAAGCUCCUGGGCCGUGUGAAGGCUUUUGACAGGCACUGCAACAUGGUGCUAGAGAAUGUGAAGGAGAUGUGGACUGAGGUCCCCAAGAGUGGCAAGGGCAAGAAGAAGUCCAAGCCCGUCAACAAGGACCGCUACAUCUCCAAGAUGUUCCUGCGCGGGGACUCGGUCAUCGUGGUCCUGCGGAACCCGCUCAUCGCCGGCAAGUAGGGCUUCGUCCCUGCCUGCCGGACACACCGCCCCCCAGCCUGCAAAGACUUGACCCUUGGCAUGAAAACAAUAAACUCCUGUGUUUUUUU